AUGGAAAUCUCAGAACAGGAAUCAGUGGAUAGACCUUAGUAAGCCGUGCUCUACUUACCUAUGAAGGAGAAGUUGAAGUCGACAGUCCAGAAGUUUGGAGGUUUCUAACAUUUGAAAAACUAACUAAAUAUUAUAUUAUCUAUUUAGCAUCCAGUUUGUAUUUAAUCCAUAAUUGAUAGUUAUAAUUUAAUUUAUCAUUAAUGUCUAGACAGGAAUUUAAAAAUUGCUCAUCCCAGCAAUCAGCGUCAUCAUUUCGAUAAGAAUCAGAAUAUGCCAUAUACCAUAAAGUAGUUUUAGGAGAUGGUGUAUUUUAUAUAUGAAGUUUUAGAUUCCAUCUAUCAGGGGGAAUGGCAAAAUAAUUUGAGACAUGGCAAAGGAAUUCAAAUAUAUCCCAAUGGAAUUAUUUUUGAAGGAAUUUGGGAUGUUCAUAAAAUAGUUGGAAAAGUAAUUAAGAUCGAUGGUGAGAUAAUAGACUGUGUUAUUGAGAAUAAUUAAAUUGUUCAGAGUUCAAAAAUCAUCCCUCAAGAAGACUCAGUGCAUUUACUAAAUCAAUAAUUGGAGAAAAUUAACACAUCAGAAAUGAUCGCAUAACUAAUAAAAAACAAUAAUAACUUUUAAUAAAUCAUUUCAGAUGGAAUUGAAUAUUAGGGUCAAAUACUCAAUGAAAUGAAACAUGGUUUGGGAGUUGCCAAGUUUUUAGAUGGUACUAAAGAUUGCUAAACAAAAUUAGGUUCUGUUUAUGAAGGUUAAUGGAAAGAAAACAAAUAGCAUGGAUAUGGAAGGAAAACCUAUCAGAAUGGGGACAUCUAUAGUGGAUAUUGGUACGAUGGAGAAAUAUAUGGCCACGGAGAAUACCAUUAUCAAUAAGGAGCCAUUUAUGUUGGAUAUUGGAAAAAUGGUUAAAAACAUAUCUAUGGAAAGGAAUCCUGGGUUGAUGGAGCCUCAUAUGAGGGAGAAUACUAUGAAGAAAAGAAGAAUGGGAGAGGUAAGCUCAUUUUCCAAGAUGGAUCCGUUUAUGAAGGGGAAUUCGAAAUGGAUGACAUACAUGGAUAUGGAUAAUAUCAUUGGAUAGAUGGAAGACAAUAUGUCGGAGAUUGGGUCUAUAAUAAGAUGUGGGGCAUAGGCAAGACAACAUGGGCUGAUGGUCGAUCUUAUGAAGGAGGUUAUAUGGAUGAUAAAAAAUAAGGAUUAGGAACAUUUAGUUGGAAUGACGGUAGGAAAUACAUUGGAGAAUGGAAAUAGGGAAAAUAACAUGGUAUUGGGUUGCACUAGGCUCCUUCUGGCGAAUAUAGAUAUGCAGAGUGGGUGGAAGGGAAGAGAGUCAAGUGGUUGGACUUAUAGGAGGAUAAGGAAAUAAUUGAUAAUUUCUUACAUAAGAAUACUGAGAUUGAACAAAGAAAUGGAUCAUUUUACAAUAGCCAUAUAUCGGAUUCAUCAAUGAAUGGAAGCGAUAGAUCUCCUUGCAAAAAGGUGUAUUAGUUAACAUUGUCAGAUAAGAGUAUUUACAUAGGAGAGUUGUUUAAGUAGAAGAGGGAAGGAUGGGGGAAAUUGAUAUGGAAAGAUGGAUCAAUUUAUGAUGGAGAGUGGAAAGAUGAUGAAUGUAAUGGAUUUGGAAGAUAUAUUAGUUGCGAAGGUGAUGUGUAUGAAGGAGAAUGGAAACAUGAUAAGGCUAAUGGACAUGGUAUAUUUACGAACAGCGACGGUGUUAUUUAUGAGGGAAAUUGGAAGAAUGAUAAAUAAAAUGGAUAUGGCAAAUAAAAAUGGCCUGAUGGGCUCUACUAUGAAGGCUAAUAUUUGGAUGGGAAGAAAUAAGGAUUUGGAAAGAUGAUAUAUCCUGAUGGGUCUUAUUAUCAAGGAACUUUUGUGAAUAAUUAGAUAGAUGGUGAGGGCUUGCAAGUAAAUAUAGAUGGAACUAGAUAUGAAGGCUCUUUUAAAAAUGGGGUGAAACAUGGAAGAGGAACUCUGAUAAGUCCAGAUGGAAACAUAUUUAUUGGAAAUUUUGAGUUAGACAAAUAAGUUGGAGAAGGAAGGGUGGAAUACCAUAAUGGUAAAUUAUUUUUGGGAGAAUGGGUGAAUGGGUAGCGUCAUGGUAAAGGAAAAUAUAUCUACAAGGAUGGCAAAGUCGUCGAUUGUAUGUGGUAUAAAGGAAUGAGGAUAGAAAAAUGA